AUGAAUGGAGGGUCGUCCUCGUAUUUCGGCGUUCAGGGUACCCAACCUCCUGGUGCUGCCGCCGCUCGCAUAGCGACCACUGUUCUGCUUAAUCCAUAUGCUCAAGCUUCAUCCUUCUCGUACCCGCAGGCACCUCACUAUGCGCAAGCCUACGCACAAUCUAGUGCAUCGUCCGUGCCAGCAGUCACGAUAGAUGGGUAUAGCUUGUCAAGCACGUACUCUCCUGCACUAUCCAAUGGCCCUCAAACCGGUAUCCACCAAGAAGGUUUUCGGAGGCGACCAGCUGCGGGGCAGGUACAAGCACACUGGUACCAAGCCGGCGACUCAAGGUGUACCUUUAAAGGGUGCACAUUUAUAGGUUCUAAAAAGUCUGUUGAGAUUCAUAUGAUGGAUCGGCACCUCGUUUAUCCUCCAGGCUGGGAGAACAGGAAACGCAAGCCUGAUUGGGAUGCCGAUCCUAGCCUGAAAGGGAAGCCAAUUCUUAUCCAGGGAACUACCAUCAAGUUAGACACCCCGGAGGCAAUCGCGAGCUGGAUUGCUGAACGUAAAAAGAGGUUCCCAACCGCAGGUCGUAUUGAAGAGAAGGGGAAAAAACUGGAAGAGGCCAUUGCCCGCGGACAAUUGCCCAUGGACGAUGCUCGCUUCCCACAGAGGAAGAAACGACGUAUGGAUAGUACUUCAUUUGGGUCGAAUAUGCAUUAUGGCAAUGCUUUUAGUGGUCAAGAACGUGGGCGAGGCCGCGGACGUGGUCAGCGUGGGGUCGUUGAUGGAGGCCGCCACUAUGGCACUGGCCGACGUUCUGAACAAACCGCACCGCGGCAGUUGUAUGCAUUGCCUGAGCGACCUACAAGCCCUCACGCUGGACCUGCCUCCAGAACUUCUGAACCGGAUUCAGGCUUUUCAGGGUCAAGUAUAACGCAAAAUGUCGACGAAGACGAAUCUAGCUCGGAUAGUGCCCCAGAGACAAUGAGUUCCAAGCGUCCAGCCAGAACAGCGAGGAUUGAGUCUCUUGAAGCCCAGUCGAAAAUCACUGGCAAGGAUAAAGAACUUAGCCCUAGUGGCGAGCGUCAGAACAAUGCGCAAAUUAUUCCACAACGUGGACAACAAUCUAGAAAUCCCAUUCACAAACAACCUCGGAGGCCGCCACACAAUCCUUUCGCGUCCCGUGAACCACUCCUUCGUAAUCUCCUUGCGCCAGAGAUACGAAUGACAGUGUCAAAUUUAUCGCAAGCCAUCCGGUUCCUGGUCGAUAACGAUUUUCUCCAAAACGUUGAGCUGAGACCGGGGGCGGCGUCUGAAAAGAUGAUCGAGGUCAUUGGCUCAUCAGAGAAUGUGACGUUGGAUGCAGAUGAGGGAGGAGCUUAA